AGCAGGAUGGGGGAGCCCUACAGCAAGGCAGAGACCCUUGCGCUGCGGAGGAAGCACAUCGGGCCUUCCUGUAAAGUUUUCUUUGCCAAUGACCCUCUGAAGAUAGUGCGUGCUCAGGGCCAGUAUAUGUUUGAUGAGAACGGAGAAAAAUACUUAGACUGCAUCAACAACGUUGCACACGUUGGCCACAGUCAUCCACAUGUGAUAAAGGCUGCCACAAAACAGAUGGAACUGCUCAAUACAAAUUCCCGAUUCCUGCAUGACAACCUUGUUCAGUAUGCUCAGCGUCUCACAGCUACCCUGCCAGAGAAACUCUCUGUUUGCUAUUUUGUUAACUCCGGGUCUGAAGCAAAUGAUCUUGCUUUACGGCUGGCUCGGCAGUACCACGGGCAUCAAGAUGUGAUCACCCUUGAAAAUGCUUACCAUGGCCAUGUUACAUCUCUGAUUGACAUCAGUCCCUAUAAAUUUAAUGAGCUGGAAAAGGACAGCAAGAAGGAGUUUGUGCAUGUGGCUCCCUCUCCAGAUAUCUACAGAGGAAAAUAUAGGGAAGACCACCCAGAUCCAGCAAGUGCUUAUGCUGAAGAGGUGAAAAAGAUUAUUGAAGAAACACAGAAGAACGGACGCAAGAUUGCUGCCUUCAUAGCUGAAUCCAUGCAGAGCUGUGGAGGCCAAAUAAUUCCACCUGUGGGCUACUUCCAGAAAGUGGCAAACUACGUGCAUGCCGCUGGUGGAGUAUUCAUAGCUGAUGAGGUUCAAGUUGGCUUUGGAAGAGUUGGGAAACAUUUUUGGGCUUUCCAGCUGCAAGGUGAAGACUUUGUGCCUGACAUUGUUACCAUGGGAAAACCCAUUGGCAAUGGCCACCCUAUGUCUUGUGUAGUCACAACAAGGGAAAUUGCUGACGCUUUUGGUGCCUCUGGAUUGGAAUAUUUUAAUACAUUUGGAGGCAAUCCAGUGUCUUGUGCUAUUGGUUUGGCUGUACUGGAAGUAAUAGAAAAAGAAGAUCUCCAAGGAAAUGCUACUCGUGUAGGAAAUUAUCUCCUAGAAUUGCUGACUGCACAAAAGCAAAAGCAUCCCUUAGUGGGAGAUAUCAGGGGUGUUGGAUUGUUUGUUGGAGUGGAUCUGGUGAAGGAUCUGCAAAAGAGAACACCAGCCACAGCUGAAGCUCUUCAACUUAUUUACAAGCUGAAAGAACAGCAAAUCCUUCUUAGUGCAGAUGGACCCUACAGAAAUAUACUAAAAUUUAAACCACCAAUGUGUUUCACUAUGGAAGAUGCAAAACAUGUAGUGGACAAAAUUGAUGUACUUCUCACAGAAAUGGAAGCAGCAACUGGAAUGAAGCUAGGAAAUGAUGCAUCUACAAAGGCACAGUGCAAUAGAAAAACAAAUGAAGGAAAUUCACAACCAGAGUCUGUUAAGGAAAGCAUCGGCCAUAUCAGUGGAGCUGCCUGCCGGCAAGAAAAUGGUUUUUAUUCUGAUAAACACUCAGUGCCAAGUAAAAGAAUACAAACAUGAAGAGGAGAAGUUUCCUUCUUCGGUAAAAUUUGUUUCCUGCUUGCUGUUGAGAUGAUGAGUGCAACAGUCCAAGUCCUACAAUCUGUAGGAAGCCUAGUCCUACCUUUCAUAAGCCUGUUAAAUUCUUAUUAACUUCGUUAGGUGUUUAAAGUACAUUUGCAGACAUAAGAAAAUUUCACCAAGAGGCCUGAAAUCUAGAUGUAACAGAAUGGACAUGUGAUACCUAAUUUCAGUUCCUUGAUGCUGAUUGAAGGUUUGACAUAGGCACAAAAAAAACUUAGUAAAAAUCUGUGGAUUUACUCAUGUUACACAAAAUCUGAACCAUCGCUUAACUGCCAUGCAAGCACCUCUUAACCUAUUAUGCUUAACAUGGUGUUUUAGAAUAUUUUAAAUUCCAAUAUGUAAUAUUGAGAUGUUAAUUAUUUCCCAUGUUUUAAUGGCUGAAUUCACAAAACAAUGCUUGAGAGAGAAGUCAUUAUUAUCUUCCAGUGUGGCUUAGGUCCUAUGGACCGUAUUCCCAGCCAAUGCAAAUUGAUGUAGCUUUGUUAAUGUCAAUGAUGCUCUACCAAGAGUCUACAACCGUGUAUGUGGAGACACAACGUUAAUACAAGGCACCUUCACUUCGUGUUCAAAGCAAAUGAAGAAUUUAGAUCAUAAUUUUCUAUGGAUAAAGCAACUUUUAUAGAUGAUUAUUUAUAUAAAGUAAUAUUUUAUGAAUCUUUUUGAAAGUUUAUAUAUUGAACCCUCUCAGUUCACAAAAUAUUCAAGCAGAGUAUAUGUAAUUUCAGAUACACUGAUGGAAUUUAACCUGCAGGUCUCUUGAAAAUGAGGUUCUCAGGGACAGCCUGGCUCACAUUCCCAUGGCUUUUAGAUGUUUUGAAAGUCAAAGAAACUAGUGCCUCAUCCUAUUUUAAUAGUGCUGCUAUUUUUGUCAUUGGAGAUGAAGUCACCUAUGAGUCGCACAGGAUCCUGAUACAUAAUUGGCUAUGCUAAUUUGAUAGACUACUAAAAAUGAAAGGAUCACCAGAGAGAAUUGGCGUGCCACCACUUUGCAGUCACUGCCUAUCUGUGCUACCUUCAACUUCCUGGCUGCCUUGUUAGGGCUAAAUUUCAAUGAGAACACUUAAGCCUUGCUUUUCUUUUUUAACAUGCACAACCCUACUCUAUGAAACACACUGAGGGUUUUACAAACGGUUUGUACUUCAGGGAAAAGACAAAAAUGUAUCUCCCAUUUUUUCAUAUCCCAAGUUCUGCUCUUUUGUAAUUGCUGCUAUGGACUCUACUGAUAUGACUGAAAAUUGAGCACCUUACCUAGCUUCCUAUUUUCCGCCAUGUGCUAUAUUAAUAUUGAUGUUACCUGUGUAACUUCUUCCAUCAUCAUCAAGCUGGCUUAUUUUCUAUUUCAUGAUUCUUUAAUAAUUCCCUCA